GCUGGGCCCAGACUUUGCGAUUCCUUCUAUGGCCGGCCCCGGCCCCCCUCUUUUGUUACUCAUUUGAAGGCGCAGCAAAGCGACCACCUGUGAGGAGCAUGCGCCCAACGCAGGAGACUCUUUAGUGAAAUCCCAGGAAAUGGAUUACGGCUACUUGAAUAUGAACUACUUGAUGGGGUUAUUUUACUGAAGAGAUUCCCCAGUAAACUUGGGGAAACUGACAGCUACUUUUUUCUGAACUUGGAACUUGCUAUGGAACAAAGUGCCAGUCAGGAAGGAGCCCCUCCAGAGAAUCAUGAGGACAGCAAAGGCAGCACAAGACCCUUGUCUAGUGGAGCUGUCCCGGUCAAGGAGGAAAUAAAGAAAUAUGCUGUUACAGAUGACUACAAAAUCUCCAAGCGGGUGCUGGGUUUAGGCAUCAAUGGCAAAGUAUUGGAAUGCUUUCACAAGGAGAAAGGACAGAAAUGUGCUUUGAAGCUCUUGUACGACAGUCCAAAAGCACGACAGGAGGUGGAUUAUCACUGGCGGGCCUCAGGCUGUCCUCACAUUGUCCAUAUCCUGGAUGUUUAUGAGAAUAUACACCAUGGGAAGAGAUGUCUCCUAAUCAUCAUGGAAUGCAUGGAAGGAGGAGAGCUAACAGUGGGAAUAUUAAUGUGAUCUUUCUCUAAAAUUAUAUUCCUAGAGGCCUCUGAAAUAAUGAGAGACAUUGGAACAGCCAUCCAGCAUCUACAUGCAAUGAACAUUGCCCAUAGAGAUGUUAAGCCAGAAAACCUGCUCUAUACAUCCAAGGGAAAGGAUGCAGUGCUCAAGCUUACAGACUUUGGGUUUGCCAAAGAGACGACGAUACAGAAUGCACUGCAGACCCCUUGUUAUACCCCCUAUUAUGUAGCCCCAGAGGUUCUUGGUCCUGAGAAGUAUGACAAAUCCUGCGACAUGUGGUCUCUUGGUGUCAUCAUGUACAUUCUUUUGUGUGGGUUCCCUCCCUUCUAUUCCAACACUGGCCAAGCCAUCUCCCCAGGAAUGAAGAGAAGAAUUCGGAUGGGGCAGUACGGGUUUCCAAAUCCUGAAUGGUCAGAAGUAUCUGAUGAAGCUAAGCAGCUAAUUCGUCUAUUGUUGAAGACGGAUCCAACUGAGCGGAUGACAAUUUCUCAGUUUAUGAAUCACCCUUGGAUUAAUCAAUCCAUGGUGGUGCCACCAACCCCUCUUCACACUGCUCGGGUCCUACAAGAGGAUAAAGAUCACUGGGAUGAAGUGAAGGAGGAGAUGACUAGUGCUCUGGCUACCAUGAGAGUGGACUAUGACCAGGUAAAAAUCAAAGAUUUGAAAACAUCCAACAACCGUCUCCUCAACAAACGACGCAAGAAACAGAAACAAGGAGGCACCUCUUCAUCAUCUCCUGGAUGUAAUAACCAGUAAAGAGAAGGGAAGAACAUAAAUAUAAAAAGGAACAAUUAGUUCAACUGGCUUCAGCUCAUCUUACUACCAAAAAAAA